AUAUUCUAAUUAUAUGACCAGCACCUGUAUAUUACUUGCCAUUACACACAAGUCUUCCAUCUAGUGGCUGUUUAGUGAAAGUGCAGUCUCUGACCUUUUCCUGUUCUGUUCUGAUUCACUGAAAAAUGUCCUUUUACAGGUAUAGCACUUUAUAUACAAACACAACUUUCCACUCUCACCCAAAGAUUCUCUAUAUCUUAUUAUUAUUUUUAAGUUUUUCCAUGAAAAAGUGCACCUUCACCUUUUUUUGAUUUGUUUUUUGAUUUGUUUUUUGGUAGUUUUGUACUGCGUGUGUACCUAUGUCUGUCAGCAUACUGAAAGACCCCACAAAGCCAUUUGAAAACCACAGUUCGUCCAUUGCUGCCUUACAUCCUGUUUCAUUCUAAACUCGCAGCAGUAUGCACCAGCAGAACAUAAUACUCACACCUUUAUUAACACUAUGAAGGGCUUGUUCAUACUGCUUUUAGCACAGAUAAGUAUGCAGUUUCAGUGUGAUAAAACAAAGAUUCAAACCACAGUUGGAAGCGCAUUCACUAUUAUCUGCACCUACAAAACAUCCCAGUUCCGAUUUAAUAAGAAGUACUGGUGUGCUGGAGACUCCAGAGCCUCGUGUGAGGUUCUGAUGGACACAGAUGGAUUCACACAGGCUGCGUACAGAACACGGGCUCAAAUCAUUGAUGGAGCUUCUAGAGGCUUGAUUGUUAAUGUAAGAAAUCUAAAGUUGGACGACACUGGAAUAUAUUGGGUAGCGAUUGACAAAAUUCAUGCUGAUAUAAUGACCAGGAUCCAAGUUACAGUAACAAAAGAGGCUGUAAUGAAACCAAACGUUUGGCCUCUCAGUUCCCCGGAAAUGACAUGCUGGGGACAACUAAUUGUGUUUCGCUGUGGGAGUGAGAGAGGAACAGAUGUGCGGUACACUUGGUACAGAGUUGGACACCCAAACAACAUUGUCCUGCACCAUUUCACUGAUCUCCACCUCCAUUGUUCAAACAUAACUGAAGACAGCCAACUUUUCUGCAUGGCCUCGAAUGAUGUCAGCAGCCAAAACAGCGAAUUUAUUUCUCUGCACCUAAUUCAGCCUGCAGACAAGAACUGUGUUUAUUUCAUCUCAUCAAAGGCUCUCUCUAGCUAUGACUGCAUAAGAAGCACAACAUCACUCUCAACAUCCAUCCAAACUACAGAGAAAUUACUGAGCUCUGCAACAGUCUCUCAACUCACAUGGAGUCAGAAUAAGUCAAUGUCUUGGUCUGGCUUACCACUAUGGUAUGAGUGUCUUCGUUGGUCUCUCUUCUCAGCUAUGAUUACCAUCUUAUAUGUAGUGCACACAUGCUUAAAAUUAACAUCCAGAAGGCUUAGGGCUCAAGUCAAACACGCCAAACACAUCUGACUGAGAACCAUGGUCACAUCUUCACUACAAGUGUGUUUUUAUUCAUGGUGUGCAUGUAAAGUUUGCAUUGUUUGACUUCAUGUCUAGUUACUGUACAUGUCAGCACUGAAUUGAUAUUUCUUGUCCUUAUCCACAAGAUGUGCAAUUAAUUUAGCCCCUAACUGCUUAAUUCCAUUCAAACUUGGUUACAUAUUUCAGCUUUAGGUGUACUGUCUUUAUUUAAAAAAAAAAAAAAAAAAAAGUAUCUGCUUUGUAUGUUGACAGAAAACACCACAACAUGCUCACAUAACAAGCAGAUAUCAACAUUAAUACAAUUAACAUUUUCAAGCAUCUUAUCCUUGAACACAAGCUGGUGAUAUCCUGUUGUUCCCACCAACUCGCUCAAUGGCAUCGAAACUGACAUACGAGAUUGAAACUUAAAGUGACUCCUGGUAUCUUGCCUGCCCUUCCUGAAAGGAAGAUAUCACAUACAGUGAACUAUUGUUGAAAUUGUUUUGUGACCUUGAUGCAUGGACAGUGAUCAAGGGACUGUAAAGACUGAUUUUUCUCAAUACCUAUAUAUAUAUAUAUAUAUAUAUAUAUAUAUAUAUAUAUAUAUAUAUAUAUAUAUAUAUAUAUAUAUUAUAUAUACCUUUAUAUAUUUACACUGUAUCUGAUUACAUUCAAUCUAAAUGAACUCAGUUAUUUCCAAUUUAAAUGGUUUCUGACAAAUUAAAUACUGUUGUUCUUUUAAUGCAGGGAUUCACAAUCUUUUUUGUCAAUUUUUAUCGCAAAUAUUCACUUGAAGUGCCACCUGAGGUUAUUACUAUACAGGUGCAUCUCAAUAAAUUAGAAUAUCAUGAAAAAGUUUUUUUGUUUGUUUUUUUUUUCUGUAAUUUAAUUCAAAAAGUAAAACUUAAAUAUAUUCUAGAUUUAUUAGACACAAAGUAAAAUAUUUCCAGACUUUUUUAUUGUCAUUUUGAUGAUUACAGCUUGCUGCUCAUCAAAAUCAAAAAAUCAGUAUCUCAAAUUAUUAGAAUAUUUAAUUUCAAGUUCUAUUAAAUUACCAUUCUCAGGGUAUAAAUACUGGGUUUAGGUCAGUAAUCCCAACAGCAGUCAUGGGGAAGUCUGCUGACUUGACAGUUGUCCAGAAGACGAUCAUCAAGACCCUCUACAAUGAGGGUAAGCCACAGAGGGUCAUUGCUGGCUGUUCGCAGAGUGCUGUGCCAAAGCAUAUUCAUGGAAAGUUGAAUGGAAGGAAAAAGUGUGGUAGAAAAAGGUGUACAAGUGAAAGGAACGACCGCAGGCUUGAGAAGAUUGUCAAGUGAAGCCGAUUUAAGAACUUAGGAGAGCUUCAAAAGGAGUGGACUGAAGCUGGAGUCAGUGCAUCAAGAGCCACCGCACACAGACGUCUUCAGGAAAUGGGCUACAACUGUCACAUUCCACGUACCAAGCCACUUCUAAACCAAAGAACGUCAGAAGCGUCUUACCUGGGCUAAGGAGAAAAAGAACUGGACUGUUGCUCAGUGGUCCAAAGUCCUCUUUUCAAAUGAAAGUAAAUUUUGCAUUUCAUUUGGAAAUCAAGGUCCCAGAGUCUGGAGGAAGAGUAGAGAGGCACAGAAACCAUGUUGCUUGAAGUCCAGUGUGAAGUUUCCACAGUCAGUGAUGAUUUGGGCUGCCAUGUCAUCUGCUGGUGUUGGUCCACUGUGUUUUCUGAAGUCCACAGUCAACACAGCCAUCUACCAGGAAAUUUUAGAGCACUUCAUGCUUCCUUCUGCUGACAAGCUUUAUGGAGAUGCUGAUUUCAUUUUCCAGCAGGAUUUGGCACCUGCCCUCACUGCCAAAGGUACCAAAAGCUGGUUCAAUGACCAUGGUGUUACUGUGCUUGAUUGGCCAGCAAACUCACCAGACCUGAACCCCAUAGAGAAUCUAUGGGGUAUUGUCAAGAGGAAGAUGAGAGACACCAGACCCAACAAUGCAGUUGACCUGAAGGCCACUGUCAAAGAAACCUGGACUUCCAUUACACCUGAGCAGUGCCACAGGCUGAUUGUCUCCAUGCCACAGCGAAUUGAGGCAGUAAUUAAAGCAAAAGGAGGCCCAACCAAGUAUUGAGUACAUAUACAGUAAAUUAACAUACUUUCCAGAAGGCCAACAAUUCACUAAAAAUGUUUUUUUUAUUGAUCUUAUGAAGUAUUCUAAUUUUUUGAGAUAGUGAAUUGGUGGGUUUUUGUUAAUGUGAGCCAAAAUCAUCACAAUUAAAAGAACCAAAGACUUAAAGUACUUUAGUCUGUGUGCAUUGAAUUUAUUUAAUACACGAGUUCCACAAUUUGAGUUGAAUUACUGAAAUAAAUGAACUUUUCCACAAUAUUCUAAUUUAUUGAGAUGCACCUGUAUAUUUAAAAAAAUUUCACAACACAUUUAUACGUUCACAGGUCUCUAGUAUCACAAUGGUCACAUGACAUGCAGGUAAAUAAAAUGUUUAGUGAUUUAUUUUGUCUAAUGAGUAGGCAAAGGCAACUAAAGAUUGUUUAAAGAUCUACAGUCUGUUGUUCUUUCCUCUUUGUUUGAAUUUCAAUAUAGUGACUUGAUAUGAUCUGAGCUUUUCAUUAUUUGCCUCUUGAAACUAGAGUUGCAUUGAGAUGCCCAGGAAAGAUACCUCAAGAUAUAUACCUCAAGAAAGACACAAAUAUCAAAAAUAUGAACUCUGAACCAUAUAACAGAUUACUAAUGGGCGUUAACAUGGACCACAGCAACAGCUUAAAGUGCUUUUCCACUGUGUGGUAAGACUCGGCACGGCUUGGACUGGUUCGCUUUACUUUCGUUUUGCUUUUCCACUACAGUUUAGUACCGCUUAAAAGUGAGUGGGAUUAUAUCAUUAUAGUUGCGCCGCCUCUACUGCCUUGGAUCUGCUCCUCGGCUACCAACGAGAGGAACAUCUGCACCUCGUCUACUGACCACAAUGCAGCUAUUUCUUUUUUCAAUUUGCGUGCAACGGUCGUUUAAAGCAAGUCGUUUAAAAAGUCGUGCAAACAAAUGGUACUGUGGUGGCUGUUAUUGACUAUUUAAAUCUAGAGGGUUUGGUCUUGUGUUUCAAAUCCAAUGACGCUGGUAGUAAAGAUUCUCUCUGACCAAUCAGUUACCUGCAGUGUUUACACGUCACAUUUUAGUAUCAGUACAGCUUGCAUAUGGCGCUUCAUGCAAUCGCCACCAAACUUGGUCAACACGAAACAAAGACUGAAGAUGCUAAAUUGCGAAUGAUUGUAGGAUAUCUUGAAUAGUGUUGCCAUGGUGAGGGAUUAAAGUAAGGACAAAAAAGGGAAACAGGAAGUGUCUCAUAUCGCGUAAAAUCAUUGUUUGAUUUAAAAUAAAUUAAGAUUGUAUGUUGCCUGGCAUGCACAGGUUUUCUUAAGCCACUGGGGUGGCGGUGGUGCCAGGGCUUGGGCCCGUCAUUGCUGCUUGCAGCUAUAUUUAAUUAAGAGUCAUUGGGGCAGAUUUCUGGCUGCCCCACUUAUUUUCACGUUACCUCACGUAAACCUCGCUCCAGACCUAGGCGAUAUCAGUUCGCUUCAGCUAUGUGUCUGCAUCAGGUCAGUAACUAGUUGGCAUGUCUGUUCUUCCUAUGUUGAGUAGCAUAUCAAAUUAAUGAAAGUAUAAACCCUUUAGUUUAAACGUGCUCAUGUGAAUAGCCUUUAUAUACAGUAGUUCUGUUGUUUGUUUUAGCCUAUGUUUGUUCUGAGAAUAGACAUGUUUUUUUUUCCUCACUGGAAUUCCUACACAACUUACAAUAUUCUAAAACAACAUUCGGAAGCAAUAAAUACCACAUUAUGGCAAUUCUAAGAUGACAAUCAAUGGCUGUGUCCGAAAUCGCCCCCUAUACCCUUAAAUAGGGCACUAUUUGAGGGGACAGCCAUUUGUAGUAGUGUCCGAAACCAUAGUGGACGAUGUUGAGUGCACUCAUUCAAUCCCACAAUGCACCGCAAUAACGAGUGUACAACCGAUGCACGCUCAACGGCUAUAGAAUACCCAUAAUGCACCGUGAGAGUCGCGCGCUGAAUGAAUUCCCGCGUCUCGCCAGGAGAUGGCGCCCGCAGCUGAAUCACUUAUCCAUUCAUUUUCCAAACCGCGCUGGUCCAGCAUUAUCAUACAGGUAUAAAUUCCUUUUUAAUUAAUCAUUAAAUCGUUUAAAAGGUUUGAACAUGCUAGUUCAACAUAAAUAUUCAUUACUACUGGAGCUGCCAGUUUGCUACAUUUCAAAAGAUUAUUAAACAGCAGCACAAACUAUGUGAAAUCGGCAGCCCUUUCGGUGCACUCAGUGUCCGAAUUCACUUACUCGUUUCAUUCACUCCUUCAAGUGGACUAUAUUAGUGGACUAAUGUAGGGAAUAGUGAAUGAGGGUAUAGGGGGCGAUUUCGAACACAGCAUAUGUGUUUGUCUUGUAUACUAAAGUCAGUCAAUCAUCAUUAGAGUGCCACCCUCAGGCUAAAUAAUGCAAGGACAUUAAAAUUCUGCCAGAAAUAUGAUGUGUUCAGCGAUUACAAUAUAAAUCUUACAAAAUGUUUAUAAUAAACUAGUGCUAAGACCCAGACUCUGCCCUACAUAAAUUUACAGCCAGGAGCCGCUACUGUGUACUGAGACGUACCAUUCAGUGGAAAAGUGCCAUUAUAUUAAACCAGUAAAACAAAAAGCAUUAUUUAAAAAAAAAAUAGUAACCACAUACUUUUUUCAAGCUGCAAUGCUGGCAGUUUACACAAAAUAAUAAUUUGAUUCCUGCUAAAAAAAAAAAAAAAAAAAAAAAGUUGUUCAAGCUAUUUGUUAGGAGAAUAUUUUUCCAAGUUGUUUUUUAGCAGAUCAAGUUACAUGAGAGAGGGGAUUUCCACUACACCCAUCCUGUCCCAUGUUUUUCUUAUUUUUACGAGCACUGUUGAGGAUUCACAAAUUCUGAAGAUGCUUCAGUGUGCAAAUUCACCAACGCUCAGAGAGUAUGGGAUUUAUGUUGCAGUAUCUCUGUGCCGCUGCCCUCUUCCUGUGUCUGAUGAAAGUUGUGAAUAUCAGAGCACAGUGUACACAGUCUUCUUUUGAAUCAAGAAAUGUCAUCUUGUCCGCAUCUUAUCUCUCUACUCAAAGUUUCCCAGAUGGAUCUAUUGUAACAUUUGAGUGUAUAGUUGGACAUAAACCAGUUAACUCAAGAGCAUCUAAAUCUGUUACUUGUGUGGGAAACCAGUGGACAAGCCUGGAAUUAAAUUGCAUAAUGGUGAAAUGUGAGGCACCUCCAACCAUAGAAAAUGGACAGCUUGAAGAUGAUCCUUUGGACAGUUAUGAUUAUUCACAAGUCGUGUCCUACAAAUGUAACCGUGGGUUGAGUCUUAUUGGAAGUCCAACACUUUAUUGUUCUGAGGAUGGGACUUUUAAACCAGAUCCACCUAAAUGUUUGGGGCCUUGUAGUUUGCCUGUUUUUGGAGGAUAUGUCACUUUAACAGAGGAAUUCCGCUCACAAAAAAGUUUCCCUCAUGGAUCCAAAGUAACAUUUGAGUGCAUUCGUGGGCAUGAGCCAGUUGACUCGACAGUGUCUAAAUCAGUUACCUGUGAGGAAACCAAGUGGACGGAACUGCUCCUCACUUGCAAAGUGGAGAAAUGUCAGGCACCUCCAGUCAUAGAAAAUGGACAGAUAGAAGCUGUUUCCUACAAAUGUAAUGAUGGUUUUUUUCUUACUGGAAGUUCAAAACUAUAUUGUUCUGAGGAUGGGACUUUUGUACAAGAUCCGCCAAAAUGUUUGGACGGGUGUCCAACACCUGAAAUUCCACAUGCAAUUAGAAUCGGUGGAAAAUCACCACCCUACAAACUGGCAAACUUUAUAGAUUACAAAUGUGAACCUGGCUACAUAAUGAAAGGAGAAAAUCAUAUUGUGUGUACAGCAAAAGGUUGGAGCCCUGAACCACCACAAUGCAUUGCAUCACUAAGUGUUGAAUUAAGGAGCAGUGCAUAAAUUCAACAUGGGGAAAAAAAAAAACAAGACAAAAUGUUUUUGUGCUGCCUCCAGAUAUAUCCUGUUCAUAUAUUCAUAUAUAAUGAGAGACAUAACAUGUUUGUUGUUACAUUAGCAAACUUGAAAUAACUAGAUACAGUGUUCAAAUGCCUUUAUUGCCAUCAUGUUUUAUUCAUUUAUACUGGGUGUACCCGAGACAUGUCUGGGGAUCUGCCCCAUGCCAUGAAUAUGUGUACUCAAGAAUACAUUGCAUUUGUGCUGUACUUCAUUUAAUGAUCUUUGUCAAACUGAUCUUCUUUUUGGCUUCUGAUUUGUCAGUACGAUGCUCAAAUCCACAAUAUACUCACAUAUAUGAGCUUCAAAAAGGCUACUUAAUUGAUUUGCUUAAUAAAAUAAUAGUUGUAGUUAAAUAUUUA